AUGGGGGGGCCGAAGCGGCAGCGAGCGAGAGGCUCGCCUUGGCCCGAGCCGGACGUCUUUGCCAACUUUGCCCAGAUCUCAGGGUGUCGAGGUGGCCAGAUGCUGCAGGCACAGGAUCCGCAGAAGUUUUCGGGACUUUGCUUCGGGAGUUCCUCGCAUGGCUCGGAAGCCGGCGCCGCGGCUGGCGGCAUGCGCCUGUCCUGGCAGCUGGCACUCCUGGCGCUCUUCGCGGCCGGCGGCGUUUUGGUCUGGCAGAGGUCGCUGACCAACGACGUGUCGUCCAAUGCGCUGAGUGCGCAGGAAGCGGGGCCCUGCCUGGGGGACCAGCUGGAGAAGUUGGCGCAGCUCCACGCCGGCGGCGCGCUCUCGUCGGAGGAGUUCCGCGCAGCCAAGGCGAAGCUGCUCGGCGAGGGACACAGCCAGGCUGAGCACAUUUCCGCCACCCGGCCUCCCACCACCUCGAGACCAGCUGCGGAGGACGCGACGCGGAGCCCGAGCCAGGCAUCACCAGCACCACCGGCCGCCAGCCUCAGCUUGAACCAGGAAGCUGUGAGACAGCUGCCGCGCUUUCCCGACCACUUGCAUGUGCAUGCAGCGAAGGGCCUCUACUUGCCCUCGAACUUCCAGGAAGUGCCGCUCCUACCAGACGAGAUCUGGGAGGCGAGCAUGGCGGACAGCAUCAAGGACUUCCCGUCGGUCCAGGCGUUGCUGCUUCGUCUCCUGAGGAACGAGACCGUGAGGAUCCAAGUCUACGGUGGCAGCAUGACCUUCGGCGAGGGCUGCUGCACCGACUGCAAAAUGCGGCUCCGUGAGUGCAGUUGGCCAGGCCAACUGAAGGCCCGACUCGAGCAGGUGGGUGGCCAGGUGCUGCUGGAGCAUCGAGCCAGGGGCGGCUGUGACCUUGAGUGUUCCUUACCUGAAGUGGUGAUGACCUUGAGUAACUCCAACCAGGCCAUCGACUUGCUUCUACUGGACUUCGGCCAAAAUGGCAUGGGCAGGCUGACCACCCUGGAGGAGAUUGUCCGGGUGUGUCACCUCUUCCUGCCGAAGACAGUGGUCUUCAUAAUUUGGAACCGAGACAUGGGCGGCAAAAGCCGGUCCUAUCGGGACAAGACCUUGCACACGAACUAUCGGGCGGUGGCGAAGCACUAUUCCUUGCCCUUCUUCAGCUACGAGCACGCCAUGGAGCGCGGUGCGGAGCUUCAGGCGGAUCAGACUCUGAUGUGGGCCAGCAGAGCCACCAGGCACCCGCCGUGGCCGGCGCACGCCUUCUUCGCAGACAUGUUGGUUUUCUUCUGCAACCAGCAGCUGGCUCGCUUGGAGCGGAAAUCCGCAGACCAGCUGCAAGCCUUGCAGUCGAAGGAGUGGCAGCCGGAGCUGCUGAAGCCUAAAGACCUGCAGCUGGACAGAGAGUGGAUCAAGCCGAUGCAGAAGGUGGACUUGGCCAACGUGGACGUGUGCCUCUUCCCUUUGUCCGCCCAUGUUGCGCGGAGCCCGCAGCCGGACUCGCCGCUGCAGAGCGCGGAUGGCACCUGGCGCCUCUUCGAGGAUCGCCAUGACAAACCCGGGUGGAUCACCACCGAGGAGGGCGGGGCUUUGUCCUUCAACGUGAGCUUUAGCGCUUCGCCGCGGCUAGUGGUCCAGUACCUCCGGUCCUAUGACAACAUCGGGGCGGCCGAGCUCCAGUUCCAUAGCGCCUGGCUGUGGAUUUGGAAGGGCCUCCGGAACAAGGGUGUCCGGGACCGCUUCGAGGUGCAGGCCCGAUGGUCGGACAAGAUCUCGGUGACCCAGAACGCCCUCUUUGCCGCGGAGAAGUUGGCCAACGCGGGCUGGACGGGCGGCGAAAGAGAGGCGACGAUCUCCUUCCGGCUGACCAAGGGGCCGAAGUUCAAGCUCAUCUCUGUGAUCUCCUGUUGA